UUCGGUCACUGCAGACAGCAUCCAGACGGCCAUACCUGGGUUUGCGAAGGCGCGUGAUAGCGAAGGUGCAGCCAGUAGAUAUUGUAAGCACCAGAGGCGCAAAGGGCCGGCUAUGCUGCUUGCAAAGGCCAAAGGCUGCGCAAUUCGCUGCAAAAACCGCCAAUACACAUCCAAGUCCGAGACGCCAGUGACAUGUAACUCUCACCCAAUGCUGAUCCUCUGAUCGCCAGUCUAAUCAGUCUGCAGUGACAAACUCUAGCCAGCUUGUUUACACUUGCCUCUCUUCUGCCACCUUAUCCCCCCAAUUCACAGCUUUAAUUACACCUGUUCUUCCGCACAUGAGAGGCACAAUACACGUCGACACUGAAGAGCAGCGCAAGGAUACGUUUCUGCGGCGCGGGCGGUACCGCUGGCCGUACAUGAAGUACUCCACCUACCUCGCACAGCCCGACACGCUAGCAUCGGCCGGGUUCUCGUUCCAGCCGGCUAAGGACGCGCCUGACAACACACAGUGCUUUGACUGCGGCUUCGAGCUGGUCGGCUGGGAGGCCACCGACGACCCGUUUGCCGAGCACAUCGCGCACCGGCCAGACUGCACCUACGCGCAACUGCACUGCCCGCCGCGGGUCUCGCGAGCCCAGAUGGAGUGGGCGAAGAUGCAUAAGCUGAAGGCCGACGUUGCUAUGCGGAAGGCGACGUUUACGCGCGGAGUGUGGCCGCACCAGGGAAAGAAGGCGUGGACAUUGACGCCGCAGAAGCUGGCCGAGGCGGGCUUUUAUUUCACGCCGGUGAAGGCUGGCGACGAUACCGCGUCGUGUGUGUUUUGCGGGUAUGCCUUGGGCGACUGGGAGCCGGAUGACGACCCAGUGGCAGAGCACCGGAAGCGCGCUGCCGACUGCUUGUUCUUCCGGCUGGAGGCCGGGCCUGAGGCUGAUGUAGCGAUGCAGGAAGAGGAGGUGCUGCAGGCAGAGGACGAGGUGGUGGUUAAGCUGGAGCCGGGCGUCAGGAACACAAAUAAGCGGUCGUCGGAGGCUGUGGUCGUUAGUGAUAGCGAGGCCGAGCAUAGCGAUGCCGAGCAUAGCGAUGCUGCGUCAGUCGAUUCGAAGCGCCCGAGGGUUGAGAAGCCAGCGGAACAGGCGGGUAUGACCCACGAUGGUUCGAGCGAGGGCGAGGGCAGUGGUGAAAGUGAAGAUGUUGCUGAGGCAGAAGACAUUACCGAAACAGAAGACAUUGCCGAAACAGAAGACAUCGCUGAAGUUGAAGACAUCGCUGAAGUCCAGGACACCACUGAGGCUAGAGAUAUGAAUGACGCCAACCAGCAGGAGGAUAAUCCUGACACUGUAUCUGAGCUUGACUACUACGAGCGACAGAGUGACCAGGAGCAGCAGGCCCAGCUUGGUGAACCGAUACUGAUGGGCAGUGCUGAGAAUACCCAGGCGACAGCAGUGGGCGAUGACGCGCCGCAGUACAGUGCGCGGACGGGGACGGUGGCUGACCACGAGCUGCUUGGCGACACCCAGCAGUCAACGCAGAUCGAUGAGCAGCAAUAUGCAGCAGGCGACCCGGAACUGCCCGAGGCUGACAUGGAAAAGGCGGCUGAUGAUGGCGAGUGGGAGCUAUCUGAGAGCGAGGAGAGCUUGACUGUGGAGGAGUUUAUUCGCAAGUGCUGUCGGCAGCGCGUGUCGGCGCUGGAGGCCUCGGCUGCGCAGAUGGUGAGCGCGUUUAUGCAAAAGGCCGAGGAUACGCGCGAGCAAAUUAGCAGCAUGACCUGGUAGAGCAAUUUCCACGAACUGUGUAGAAUACAUUUCACCCUGUUGGUGCGACG